AACAAAUUCUUGUGAACCAACAGAUUGCGAUAAUAUACGUUCACUAAAGAUAUUGCCUCCACUUCUCAUUCCCAUUUCUCAUUACCACGUCAGCUGUUUUGGAGUGAACCCUUGAGUUCGUUGACAGUAUAGUCGUUCCACCGAAGCGACUGCUUUGGAUAUUCGCAAUGUCACUUUUUUCUCUCAGUAUCUUCGUCUUUCGGAUUUUGGGGCUUUGGUUUCCCGACGAGAAUCCUUCAACCUGGAGAACCAAGUUAUACCGAAUUUUCAAUAUAUUUACGGUUACGAUGAUGUGUACUUUCACGCUGACGCAAUUUCUUGCUUUACCUUCGUGCAUUCAUGAUGCUGAAGAAUUAACGAAUGCAUCUUUUAUGCUGUUGACGAUGAUUGCUGUGACAGGAAAGAUGUGGAACAUGACUCUCUACCGAAAAGAAAUCAGCAGAAUGGUUAAAUUAUUCGAUCUUGAGCCUUUCAAGCCUCUGGAUGAUCAUGAAGUGGCAAUCAAACGAAAAGUUCGCCGGUCGAUCAGGCUUUUUACUAUCAUGUACGGAACGCUGACAGAAGUUACGUGUUCAAUGCUGACAUUAUCUUCAUUUAUUCGGGAUAUUCCUCGUCGUCAGCUGCUCUUCAAGUCUUGGUAUCCCUUCGAUCGUUCGACUUUAAUUGGGUUUUGGAUCGCCUACGUUCAUCAGACUAUUAGUCAUUACAUCGGUGCUAACGUCAACGUUGCCUUCGAUACUUUUAUCCCUGGCCUGAUGAUGGCUACCACAGCUCAGUUGGAGAUUAUUAAGUAUCGGUUCAUCACAAUGCCAAAGACAAUAGAGAACAAAUGUUCUGAAUCCGUUUGCGAAGUAAAUGAAGAUGAACUUAUGAAGAUUGAAACAAAAUAUUUGGCGGAUUAUACGAGGCAUCAUCUUAAAAUUUUACGAUUUUCCAAAACAACUAAUAACACAUUCACCGGUUCUAUUUUCUUGCAAUAUUGCGCGAGUUCUUUAGUACUCUGCGUUAGUGUCUUCAGCUUAUCAACGUUGAAGCCCUUAAGUAAAGAGUUUAAUUCUCUGGUGAUGUACGUGGCUUGUAUGUUGGUUCAAAUAUUCAUAUUUUGUGACGCCGCAAAUGAGGUUACUAUCAAGAGUGGCACCAUUGCAGAUGCUAUUUAUGAGAUGGAUUGGACUUCUUUAUCAACCACCAGCAAAAAGAGUCUAGUGCUCAUCAUGGUUCGUACUUUGCGACCCAUCAUGUACAGCAGUGGCCAUGUGGUCAGUUUGUCUCUGGUUUCAUUCAGCAGCUUGCUGAAACUUUCAUACUCGGUCUUCAACAUCUUAAAUCAUUCGUCUCAAGGCAGUACUUGAAUUUUUCACGACUGCAAGUCAUCAAUACGACAUGAUGUUCCUGGAAAAUGGAGUUUUAAGGUUAAGCUUUCGAUGUAUUUGCUGUCUAAAGUACACUUGAAUUUUCUGUUGUGAAAGAAGAUA